AUGGAGAUACACAUGUUCAGAAAAACACGUCGUGAUGAGGAUGUAUUCCAUCAACCACUUCAAAAAGUUUCCUGUACUGGAGCCUCUGAGAUGCCAGCAUUCCAGCCAGGUAGGAAACGGAAGAGCACAGAGCGGCACAUUCAAGGACGCCGCAUCAGCCAAGACAAUGUCCCUCAGCCCGAGUCACCCGUGGAAGCCCCAGCCUGUGGUCCAACUGCAGGAGAAAAGUCUUCCUUCUCAGAACAUCCUAUCGGUGUCUCCACACCAUCCAAGCGUACCCGUCUAUAUGAUGAUGAAAUCAAGGAGAUGACUGUAUCCCAGGACUCGGAGCAAACGGAGAACUCCUCUGACUAUUCACAUACCUACAUUCCUUCCCACACACCUAAUAAUAACGAGCCCUUUAUGCCCCCAGUACAUGGGACAGAUGUAAGGCCCAUGAAAAUUUACUAUAUGCAUGUACAACUGAAAAGGGGUGUGGCCGUCUUAUACCAUACAAAGGAAGGGUGGGAGCCCCCCUCAAAAAAAAUCAAAAUCGAAGAAAUGACCUACAUUGGAAAGGUCCGUAAAAAUGUCCCCGUCUAUCACAUGUCUGAGAAGAAACACCUAAUUGCUCAUGAGCCCAUGUUAGACAGCGGAGCCCAGGAGAAAAGGGAGGAGGCUGACAGUCCAGCACAGCCUCCAGCUCUGGGCUGGUAUCCCAGCGCUAAGACACCUGAGUGGCUGGUGGCCCUGGACAGUGGGUUCAGGUGCAUGGCCUGCUGCAGGGUUUUCCCUAGCUUAGCAAUCCUUCAGGACCAUGUGGAGUAUGGAGUCAGGGAGGGCUUCAGCUGCCAUGUUUUCCAUAAUGCCAUGGCUCAUCUAAAGUUCAAAGCACGUAUUAGGAGGAAGAAGGAGAAAGAAGAGAAGGCAUUAUUUAGACGCUAA